AGGCGGCUCAGAAGCCACCCGAGGUGAGAGGAGACGCCACCAGACAUGGCCCAGGCAAAUAUCUCGGUGGCGGAGAGCCAGUUCAGGUGUCCCGUCUGCCUGGACCUCCUGAAGAACCCAGUGUCCACCCCAUGCGGACACACCUACUGCAUGUCGUGCAUCAACAACUACUGGGACCAGGCGGAUUCGGGCCAGUUCAGCUGCCCGCAGUGCCGGGAGACGUUCAGCCCUCGGCCGGUGCUCCGGAGGAACACGGUGCUAGCCGAAGUCGUCGACAAACUCAAGCUGAGUGAGAUGGUUCCAGAGCCGGAGCUUUACCUGGAGGGAGUCGGGGAAGUACCGUGCGACUUUUGCCCGGCGGAGAGCAAGCUGAGGGCGGCUAAGUCGUGUCUGGUUUGCCUGGCGUCUUUCUGCGAGCUCCACGUUCUGCCGCACCGGGAGGUCGGCACGCUGCGGCGGCACAAGCUGGUGGCCGCGGUGGAGUGCUUGGCGGAGCGGAUGUGCGCCCAGCACCGCCUGGGUCUGGAGCCCGCGGGGAGCGGCUCUGAGGCGGAGGCCCCGGUGGAGUGGAGCGGGGACUGUCUGCUGUGCGAGGCGGACCAGGAGGAAGUGCACAGUGUGGACGCCCAGAGAGCCAGGAGACAGCUCCAGCUCCAGGGAUCUCAGAGGACGAUUCAAGAAAGGACACUGAGUGGAGAGAAAGUUGGAGGAGUUUCAACAAAGCCUGGAGUCCCUCAAGUUGUCAGUGUCGUGGCUGUUUUGGAUGACAGUGAUGCUCUGUUUGCAGACAUGGCACUCCGCCUGAGAAAACCAAGGGCAGAGGUGAGGAGGCCGAGCAAGGCUGGAGGCAAGGGAGCCGAGCGGUGGUUGGGAGGGCUGGAGCGAGACCUAGAGGUGCUGGAGAAAGACCUGGAGGGCUGA